AUUAAAAGCGAGGCCCAAUGGAGCGACCUAACCCAGGAGAUCAGAGACAAGAUUCUCGAAUACGACCCUGGAAGGUUUGCAGGCAUUCGUAGGGACUGGCAAAACGCCAUCGAGCCAAGAAACUUUCGGGUCCUCCAAGUCGGUUCGGAUGAUCAGUCGCUGGGAAACCUGGCCAAGACAUUACACAACAAGUACUGGCGACAAAACUACGUUAAACACAUGGGGUUCAAAAUCGAGUUGACCGGACCAUUGCAUCGAGAAUCGUUCGAGACGUCAGACUCAUGA